AUGCGGGAUGGGAUGGCGGGAAGGUGGUGGUGCACCGAAGAGAGGGCAUGGCCUCUUCGGGGAGGCCAGCUCUUCAUGAGCGCAGUUACUCGGCUUCUUGGAAAAUCUUCACUGACGAUUCAGUUUGUGGAAGGACAGUUUGUUGAUUCAUAUGAUCCAACCAUAGAGAACACUUUUACAAAACUGAUCACAGUAAAUGGCCAAGAAUAUCAUCUUCAGCUGGUUGACACUGCUGGCCAAGAUGAAUACUCCAUAUUUCCUCAGACGUACUCCAUAGACAUCAAUGGCUACAUUCUUGUUUAUUCAGUCACGUCAAUAAAAAGUUUUGAAGUGAUAAAAGUUAUCCAUGGCAAGUUAUUGGAUAUGGUGGGAAAAGUCCAAAUACCCAUUAUGCUGGUUGGAAAUAAAAAAGACCUGCAUAUGGAACGGGUGAUCAGCUACGAAGAAGGGAAAGCUUUAGCAGAAUCCUGGAACGCAGCUUUCUUGGAAUCUUCUGCUAAAGAAAAUCAGACUGCCGUUGAUGUUUUUAAGAGGAUAAUUUUGGAGGCAGAAAAAAUUGAUGGGGCAGCUUCACAAGGGAAGUCUUCAUGCUCAGUAAUGUAAUUCCACUGCAAAACCUGAAAACACUGGGAAUACAUUCUACCUGAAGAAGCAAAACUGCCCAUUAUCUUUAAGGAUAAACUAUGCUUCUUUUUUUUAUUUUUUUUUUCUUCUGUUAACCUGAAAGAUAAACAGUUGGUUUGGAGCCUUUCUCUUCAGAUUACGUUAAACUCGACUCCUGUGCAAAUGGCUUCACUUCCAUUUUCAAAUUUUAAGCAAUCAUAUUUUCAAUUUCUAUAUUGUAUUUCUUAAUAUUAUGACCAAGAAUUUUACUGGCAUUAAUUUUUCAGUGUAGUUUGUUGGUUAGAAUAAUCAUCAAAAUGAUGCAUAUUGUUACACUACUAUUAACUAGGCUUGGAUAUCAGUGUUUCUUUGUGUUAAAUGUAUACUUGUAAAUAAAAUAGCUGCAAACC